AUGAGAUCUGCUUUCGUUGCUGCCUCUGCGGCGCUUUUUGCCGGCUCGGCCCUGGCCAUUGACCCGAUUGUUAUCAAGGGAUCCAAGUUCUUCUACUCGAGCAACGACACUCAAUUCACCAACAGCUCAACCGACUAUGUCGACCCUCUUUCCGACAAGACCACCUGUGAGCGGGAUAUCCCCAUCCUGCAGGAGCUGCGUACCAACGUUAUCCGUACCUACUCGAUCAACCCUGAUGCCGACCACGAUGAGUGCAUGCAACUGCUGGCAGAUGCUGGUAUCUAUGUCGUCUCGGAUCUGUCGAGCCCGGACAUUGCCAUUGACCGGGACGACCCCGACUGGACCACCAAGCUCUAUGCCCGGUACACGGGUGUGAUCGACGCCCUGGCCGGUUACAACAACACCCUUGGUUUCUUUGCCGGUAACGAAAUUGCCAACACGGUGGCCACCACGGACGGCAUGCCCUUUGUGAAGGCGGCCGUGCGAGACAUGAAGGCCUACAUCAGCGCCCAGGGCUACCGCGCCAUCGGCGUUGGAUAUGCUACUGCCGAUGUUUCCGCGAUCCGUGUCGACCUGGCUGACUUUAUGGACUGCAACACCAAGGCCAGCAGUGUCGACUUCUGGGGCUACAACAUCUACUCGUGGUGCGGCAACUCGACCUAUGAGGAGUCCGGCUACAAGGCCCGCACCGAGGAGUUCCGCAACUACUCAGUCCCUGUCUUCUUCUCUGAAUACGGAUGCAACACCGUCUCGCCCCGCACGUUCACCGAGGUCAAGGCGCUCUAUGGCGAUACCAUGGCCGAGGUGUGGUCUGGAGGUAUUGUCUACGAGUACUUCCAGGACACCAACGACUAUGGUCUGGUUUCGGUUGUCGACAGCACCAGCGUGAAGAAGCUGACCGAUUUCACCUACUAUUCCGAGGAGAUCGCCACCGUCGACCCGUCCGGCACCAACAAGGCCUCUUACAGCCCCACCAACACCGCGCUGCAGGCUUGCCCGACUGAGGGCUCCGCCUGGGACGCCCUGGCCAGCCCCCUGCCGCCCACCCCGGACGCCGAGCUGUGUGAGUGCAUGGUGUCCGCUGCCGGUUGCGUCGUCGCCUCCUCGGUCGACAGCGACGACUACGCGGACCUCUUCGCCGAGGUCUGUGGCUACAUCUCCUGCGAGGGUGUGACCGCCAACGGGACCACCGGCGAGUACGGUGCCUACAGCAUGUGCACGGCCAAGCAGCAGCUGAUCUUCGUGCUGAACCGGUACUACGAGGAGCAGAAGUCUGCUGGCAACGGCGCCUCGGCCUGCAGCUUCGCGGGCUCUGCCACCACCAAGGCCACCACUUCUGCCACUGGCACCUGCAGCACGCUCAUGGCCGAGGCCGGCACUGCGGGCACUGGCUCCGUCACCGCGACGGUGGCUGCGGCCGCUGCCUCCACCGGCUCCUCGUCCACCGCGUCCUCCUCCACCUCCAGCUCCGCCGCGAGCGUCAAGGUGAGCGCCAGUGGGUCCAUGAUGCUGCAGCUGGCUGCGUACUCCAUCGUUGCGCUGGUGACGGGUGUGGGCAUGGUGAUGCUGUGA